AUGCAGCAGCACUUAAUUAGAUAUCUAACGGAGCAGCGGAAGUGGAUUCGCCGCGGGUAUCAUGCUGUUGGCGAUACGCAAAGUCGGCGGCAGGCGUACCAAGCCGAACAAGACGAGCGAAGGGCGCGUAGGAGUAAGUCCCCGGAGCUACAGCUGUUGGCCUCACCGCUGGUGUCAACCGCGGGACCCAUGGGACCGACGGUGUCCCCGGUGGUAUCGCCGGGGUAUACCGAGGCGGAGAGUGACCUGGAGUUGGUGAGCUGGGAGCCGGCACCACCGAGAAAACGCGCACGCGAGGCGAAGGGCGAGGAGGCCCGCACCAGCAAGCGCAAGGAGCCCCGCACCAUCAAGCGCGAGGAGGCCCGCACCAGCAGACGCGAGGAGCCCCGCACCAGCAAGCGCGAGGAGCCCCGCACCAGCAAGCACGAGGAGCCCCACACCAGCAAGCGCGAGGAGCCCCGCACCAGCAAGCGCGAGGAGCCCCGCACCAGCAAGCACGAGAAGCCCCGCACCAGCAAGCGCGAGGAGCCCCGGACCAGCAAGCACGAGAAGCCCCACACCAGCAAGCGCGAGGAGCCCCGCACCAGCAAGCGCGAGGGGUCCCACCCCAGCAGCCGCGAGAAUCCCCACGUCAGCAAGCGCGAGGAGCGGUCGGAGGGAGGAAGCAGGGGGCGCACGGAGACGCGGAGGGAGGAGCCCAGAGAGGGGCGGCCAUCGAAGCGGCGUCCACGCGUUCGACGCGUACGGCCAAGGGAGAGGAGUCGUCGGCACGCACCAGGGGAAGGUCGACAACGCGGCGAGGGGACCAGCGGCCGACAAACCCACAGGAGGCACGGACACGGUCGGCGCAGGCCGAAAACGAGGUCGAGGAGCCGCAGCCAACGCAGGCCGAAAACGCGGUCGAGGAGCCGCAGUCGACGCAGGCCGACAUCACGGCAAACAACGCGGCCGCUGAGGCGCGACGCCUCGCGGAAUGGCACCGGCGGAUCGCGCUGGCCGCGGCGAAGGAGGAGCUGA